UCUGUCCGACAUAGUAAAAUGAUGAUCAAAUAGAUUUUAAGUGCUCACGACGUUUCGCCACGUGCUGUCUUGUGUUUGAUUUUGAUUAAUUCGUCCGUAACAAACUAAACGACUCUUUUAUAAGCUUUGCAUUUCGACGCUGCUGUUAUUUAAAUAUGCAGAGCUUAAACUAAGCAUUUUUAUCUUAAGCAUCUGAGUUGAUUUUACUUAAGAGAAAGAUCAAAGAUGUCUCUUAAUUUUAGAAUCAUCAUUGUUGUUUCGAUUUGUAGUUUCGCUUGCACAACAGCUCAAGAUGCAAGCACGCUGUGUGUGAAUGAUCUUGUCCAGUGGUGUGGUGAUAUGGAAAAGCCUCCAAACUUCAUGGGGAAUUUUAUGACCACUGAUUAUUCAAGCAGAGGUGGACGUCAGAUUGUUCAUUGCAUAGCAGGAACUGGUGGCAUUAACUGUACAUUGAACAACUAUCCGUGGUUUGCGUGUCGACCAGAUGGCAGUGUGACGUAUAAGAACAAUGUGCUUCAGGAAGGUUCUUCGGUUCCUGAUGAUGAUGUUUGUGACGCAUCUAAAAAAGCUAGAAAUAUGUUUACUUACAACAGCGCUGAAGUAAAGGCUGCUAUGGAAGCUGGCAGACGAUCUUAUGAAAGAGCAAUGAGUAAUGUGCGUAAUACUAUGAAUAAUAUUCAAAAUAAACUUUCCAGACCAUGUUUUCCCUUUUGCGGACAUAAUCCUUUUGGAAAUGGUUUCCCAUUCAAUGGAUAACAAAUGAUAAAUGUCCACAGAGAAUUAGUUUGCAUUAUAAACUGUUUAUUUUCCUUUUUA